AUGAACAGUACUCAUGAAAUAUUUAAUAAUAGUAAUAUUAAUAAUAAUAAUAAUCAUUCAGAUAUUACAAUAUAUCCAAUGAGAAAUAUUAUUUCAAAUAAUUUUAACAAAGAUGUAUUAAAAAACACAUAUGAUGAUCAAUCAUCAAUAGAUUUGAGUACAGCUGAAUCGUUACAAUCUUAUCUAAUGAUGAAUACAGUUCUAUGGAAUAGUUUGAACAAUUUAGAACAAUUUAAACAACAACACCAACACCAACACCAGCACCCCCACCCCCACCAACACCAACAGCGACAGCGUCAGCAACAUCAACGACUUCAUUCUAACACAAAUGAAUAUUCAAUUGCCAAUAUGAAUUCACACUACUAUAAUCAUCAGCAACAAGAGCAGCAGCAGCAGACAAAUGGGAAUCCUGUUACCGACUUCACUACUAAUUAUAAUAUAAAAAAACGUAAAAUAUCAGAUGAAUACCAUCAAUCAACCAGUUAUAAUUUAAAUGAGAUGAAGUCAUUGUAUCCAAUGGGGGAGGCGGAGGAAGACGACAAAGACAGAGAAGAUGACGACGCAGGAAUAUCUCAACAACAGAUAUUCAGACAAUAUCAAAAUCAACAAGUGAAUGAUACAAUGAAUAGUAGUUAUGCUGGAAGUAGUAGUCAUAUGGAACAAACGGAUGAAACCACCGCAUCAACGAAGAGUAUCAUCAUGUCUAUGGGUAAUUCUUCUAAUCAAUUUAUUUGUCCAGUGUGUCGUAAUGAAAUUCAAUCAGAAGAUUUAGAAGAUCACUACAGUUAUGAAUUGAAACAAAUAGAAAAUUUCACAAUCAGCGUGCCAACAGAAGAAAUGAUGAUGAGGAUGUCCAGUAGAAGACAGUCAUCACCACCUACCAGCAUUAGUCAGCAAACAAAUGAUGCCCUAUUGAACAGUGAAUCGAGAUUUGCAAUAUUUAAAAAUAUUGAAAAGAAUCGGAAAGAGAGAAGAGAGAAGUUCCUGGAACACCUUAAUUCCCUGAACGAUAACAAUAGAGAAAAAGAACGAAAACAACCACAAGUGAUACCUAAAUUCUACAACGUUACCAAGUGA